AUGGUCGCCGCUGUCGCGCUGCUCGCGGGCGUCCUUCUGCCGUGCUGGGGCGCGCUCUGGCAGAUUAAAAAGCCGAACGGGGAAAGGUGCUUCCACCACACUGAGUGCCUCAGUAACUGCUGCCUCAUGGACCUGGAUGCUGGGGGAGCCUUCUGUGCCCCCAAGGCCAGAAUAACCAUGGCCUGCUUGCCCCAGACCAAGGGCGCCACCAACAUCAUCUGCCCCUGCCAAGCAGGCUUGAAUUGCAUAUCCAAGGACCUGAUGUGUCCUCGCCGGUGCCAUAUGCUUUAGAGGAGGAUGCGGGCUGGUCACUGCUGCCUCUCCCUCCCA